AUCUCGCUGCUGCGCACAGCCUCCUCGCGGUCGGGACGGUUUGGAGAGCACCAUGCAGGCGGUUCGGGUCAUGUUCUGGCUGUCUGUUGUUUCUGCUGGACGGUGCCUGGACUCCAACAUCAUCCGCUCCUCCAGAGAAAUGACAAACUCCCAAGAGUCAGUGUUGCAUCUCCAGAGCGGCACGGUGCUGAAUUCCCACAACUCUGUCAGAAGAAGCUCAGGCGCGCAGGGAAUCAGGGACGCGUCUCCUCCCGCGCGAGACUGCGCCGCCGCGCAAGCGACUGAAUGCAGAGGCUCAAAGAAGAAACAGCGCAAUGCUGCCAAGACAAAGGUUCAGCUGGAUGUGCGAGGAGGUCAAAAGGCGCCCGAGAUGUCCCCGUGCGUGCGCUCACGUGACUGCGAGGAGGGCCUGUGCUGCGCGCUCUACCUGACCGGGAGGAGAUGUCAGCGCGUGCCCGCGCUGGGCGAGGUGUGCCUGCUGCGGGGGCGCGCCAAGUUCCGCAGGAGACUGGAGCGCUGCGACUGCGACAAGGACCUGCUCUGCCGCGCGCUCCCGCACAGCCCGCGCGGACACGGCGUGUGUCACCCGGACCCCAGGAGCUGACCGCGCGCACCCUCGAGCGGGAUAACUAACGAGAAACGUGACAAUAUGUCUUUUUUGAACUGAGGAUACCGGGGUUGUUGUAAAUAAAGUUGUUUCUAUGAUUCCUUCGCUUAUAUAUAUAUUAAAAAAAGCAUGUAGAAGUCGCAAAAUAUGUAUUGAAACGCAACGCUGAUGACGCUUUUCUUUCAAUGCAAGUAAAGGUUUGACUCGAGCGCCCUCUGUCGACUAUUUCAACGAGGUUUGCUGAGCCUCGUCUUUCAACUUCCGGGAGUCUUAUCAGCACGUGCCUCUAGUGUCUGAGGUUAUACGUAGGGCGAGCGCUGCUCAUAAGUGCAUUGACACGUCCGUCGCCGUGUGUUUUAUACAGCAGGGUGGGCAGACCGCCUUAUAAGCAGCAUUAGAGCUGGCACACAGCGUUAGCUGCGCAAUGACACCCUGUUCUGUUCACAGCACUCCCUUCUAACGAGCUGAUGAAGUGAAUUAAACAAGGGAGGUGUAUAAUGCGCCGUGUUAAUGAGCAGGAUUGUAAAUGUACACAUCUAAACAGCUCCUCGUGGAUUUUAAUAAACGCAUUUUAUUAUUCAACAACGCCACGUUCUCUCAUUGCAAUUUAAGUAACUUGAACGCCUGAAAUGUACAAUACGUGCACGCGCAAAUAAUCUGUUCAUCGUUUAGAGCUCACAGGAUUGCCAUGCAGUAAAACCAGUUGCAUUUUUAAACGUAACAUUAAUCUUAAAUAACGCGAUGCAUCGACAGACGUGCAUUGGACUCACAGGGCCAGCAGGCACGAGCGAUCGAGUUACAGGUUCACUUUAAUUUGGCACCAAAUGUUAACAGAGCUAAGAUUACCCAUUCGCCAGCUGUCCUCUUGGCCGCUAUCAUGACUCAUAAAGAUAGGAAUAACAUUAUGCGGAAUGACACUACAUUUAAUACAUGUAAUCGAGAUACAAUGAGUCUUAUUUUUAAUGGAAUAUUGCACUAAAUAGGAUUCAUCUGUGCUUAAUACACGCAGCAGGGCAAGGGAGGCACAGUAAAUCCAAAAACGUCUCCUAAAUGGUUAACCCUGGAUAAAACUGAAUCCCCGGUUAUCUGUAAUAUAUAAUAGUUUUCGAACUGCUCAUACUAAACCUGGGGUUAAAGGUUACUUUCUUAGUUGCGGUGUCACCGAUUGGACGAACAGCAGACAAGUUAUUUAAACGGAUUUCCACGUGUAUCGCCAGUUAUUUACAGAAGAACAAGCUCCUUAACCGCAAGCGAUUGGUGCUGGAAAUCAUUUAUCCUCGGCUGAAACUUUCGCGUCUUCAUGGAGCGCGCGGGUCAUGGCUGCUUAGCAACGACAGACGCUACAGAGCGCUUUGGAAACGAGAAACCUAGAAGAAAAAAAAAAAAAAAAAAAAGACACGCACAAAAAAGGCAAGACAAAGAGACAGGAGUAUGAAAGCAAACAAGACAAGAAUUAGUAGUUUUAAGGCUACUGUUUAAACGACGCGCGUUUGUUUCGGAAGUGACGCGGCCUCGCUGCUCUACUCCUGAUUGGCUGUCUGUUGCCAAGCGUCCAGCAGCGACAAACGCCUCUCCGUUUCACACUAAAACUUCACACCGCUUUGAAGUUACAGGUGUGAAACGUCUUUACCUGGGGUUAAAAAGCCCUAACGACUUAUCAAACUGGUUACCUUUUUUUUUUUUUUUUUUUUUUUUUUUUUUAAACAUGCGUCACUAUCACAUGGCUUUAAAAACAAGUGUGUACUACAUGUUAACACAUCUGAAGUCACAAUAGCCUUGAUUUAACAGAUUCAAAGUUGCCUGCAGGGCAAGUCCAUUAACUCGAACUGCCCUGCCCGGAUUCACAAGCUGAACCACUAGAGGAUUAGACAGCUAGAAAUCCAGACAGCUUCAUGAGCCGGAUCAGCAAGUUCUCUGAAAAGAGCCCAUUUAAAAUCGAAAGAGCUUGCAGAGUACGUUAACCUGAAUCAACAAAACAAAAAAAUAAGCUUCCAAGAAAUUUCAUGUCAUUGUUCCCCUUUAUUUUCAGACUUUGAGACACGAAUUGCAAGCCUACAGGACUGCAUUUGCAAAUGAAAACAAAACGGCAACUUGUCAAAGACGGACGACUGAAGGAGAUAGUGAGGGCUUGUAGAUCGUGGACAGGAAUGUUGCGGUUAGCGGCAGGAUUUGUGAAAGGGGUCACUGAGGGGUACUAGACUAAGGUGGAGGUUAGUGGUUGAGGCGUUUACAGCAUGCCACAGUCAGCGAUGACUAUCUUGGCCUUGGGUUUU